GGGCAGAGCUGAUUGCGUAAUGCACCAAUAAGUGUGGACUCUUCUUGACAGUUGGUCUAUUGGCUGUUUUGAAGUUCGUCCUCAGUGCAGGUCAACAGAGCAGAAACAGCUGGUGCAAACAUGGCUGCCUUCCUUCACCACUGCCCCUUCUUCAAGUCUGCCACCAAGCCAUCUUUGAGAAGACAAGGACCCUCCUUGCUGUCACUGGCCAAUCAGUGUCCCAUCAUUGCACGUCAGAUCAGCGUCUGCGGGUUGGCAUCGCUGGAGGCCAAGCUGAGCGCAUCCUAUUCCAGCCCUGACUGUAACCAGCGUACCACGCUGGAGCAAAGGAGGAUGUUUGCUCAAACGGCUCCUCAGGUGGCCGAGUCGACAUCAAAGGCUUGCCCUUUUGUCACCUCUCGCAUCGGGAUGGUUCGAGCCAGACCUGAAGUGCAGGAGGAUGUCCAAGAGGGCAUGAUGAUCUCUCUGUUGAAAGAUUUAAAGGAGUCUCUUCUCCCGAAACCAUCUCAAAUCAGUACCAUCAGUCACCUCCUCACAGACAACAUGGCUGGACCCAGCUAUGAUUAUGACCACUUCUUCUCUGAGAAGAUCGCUGAGAAGAAGAAGGACCACACUUAUCGAGUCUUCAAGACAGUAAACCGUAGUGCCGGUUCAUUUCCUUUGGCUGAGGAUUACUCUGUGUCAGACCGUGAUAGGUCCCAAGUCUCUGUGUGGUGCAGCAACGACUACUUGGGCAUGAGUCGGCACCCACAAGUUAUUAGCACCAUCAGUGAGGCCCUGAGCAGGCACGGUGCAGGAGCAGGAGGAACCAGAAACAUCUCAGGUACUAGUAACUUCCACGUGUCUCUGGAGAAGGAGUUGGCUGAGCUGCAUCAGAAGGACGGUGCUCUUGUCUUCUCUUCCUGCUUCGUGGCAAACGACUCCACUCUCUUCACUUUGGCCAGGAUUCUACCAGGCUGUGAGAUCUACUCUGAUGCCGGGAACCACGCCUCAAUGAUUCAGGGCAUCAGAAACAGUGGAGCCAAGCGCUUCAUCUUUCGCCACAACGACAGCCAACACCUGGAGGAGCUACUGCAACGCUCUGACCCGAAGACACCCAAAAUAGUGGCGUUCGAGACGGUGCAUUCAAUGGACGGUGCCAUAUGUCCUUUGGAGGAGCUGUGUGACGUUGCUCACCUUUAUGGAGCUCUGACGUUUGUUGAUGAGGUCCACGCUGUUGGCCUGUAUGGAGCCCAUGGAGCUGGAGUGGGAGAGAGGGACAAUGUUAUGCACAAGAUUGACAUUGUGUCUGGGACCCUAGGGAAGGCCUACGGCUGUGUGGGAGGCUACAUUGCCAGCAGCGCCGCCCUGGUGGACACAGUUCGCUCCUACGCGGCCGGCUUCAUCUUCACUACCGCCCUGCCACCGAUGGUCCUGGCCGGAGCCCUGGAGUCUGUGCGUGUCCUGAAGGGCCCUGAGGGACGCUCCCUGCGCAGAGCACACCAGAGAAACGUCAAACACAUGAGGCAGCUUCUCCUGGACAAGGGCCUGCCUGUGGUCCGCUGUCCCAGCCACAUCAUCCCCAUACAGGUGGGCAAUGCUGAGCUGAACACCAAGGUGUGCGACACCAUGCUGGAGAGACACAACAUAUACGUCCAGGCCAUCAACUACCCUACAGUGCCUCGUGGCGAGGAACUGCUGCGCCUGGCCCCGUCUCCUCAUCACCACCCAGCCAUGAUGGAGUACUUUGUGGAGAAACUGGUGGACGUGUGGCAGGAGGUGGGACUCAAGCUUAACAACCCUGCUGCUGCUUCCUGCACCUUCUGUGACCGCCCCCUGCACUUUGACCUCAUGAGUGAAUGGGAGAAGUCCUACUUUGGCAACAUGGAGCCCCAAUACAUAACUGUGUCUGCAUAGAGGACACAGAAUCUCAUCUACAACAUAUAUUUUGAAUUAUGUCUAGCUUGCAUUAAAACAAUCACCUCUUG